AUUUCCUCAUUCCCCUCUUUUUAAACCCUUCCUCAUUCCUUCCCCUCUCCUCUCUCAUUUCUCUCCUUACAUGCAAACCCUUCAAAUCACACACACUAUCAUUUACUAUGUGCUGUUAUCUCUGUUAACUAUCAGAUAUUAUAUAUACAUAUAUUUUACAGUCAUCUAGCAAACCCUAGCUACAUUCAUGUCAGCCGCCAUCACCAACUGCUGCACCACCGCCACCACCACCGCAACCCACGGUUACAACAACUUGUACAUUCCGAACACCAGCCACGUGUCACCACCGCCGCCGCUCAGCCGCUACGAAUCACAGAAGCGGCGAGACUGGAACACAUUCGGCCAAUACCUAAAGAACCACCGUCCGCCGCUGCAUCUGUCGCGAUGCAGCGGCGCCCACGUCCUGGAAUUCCUCCGGUACCUCGACCAGUUCGGGAAAACCAAGGUCCACACAAACAGCUGCCCUUUCUUCGGCCACCCUCAUCCACCAGCCCCCUGCCCCUGUCCACUCAAACAAGCCUGGGGCAGCCUCGACGCGCUCAUCGGCCGCCUCCGCGCCGCCUUCGAGGAGCACGGCGGCUCACCGGAGACCAACCCCUUCGGCGCACGGGCCGUCAGGUUGUAUCUGAGGGAAGUGAGAGAUUCUCAAGCUAAAGCAAGAGGGAUAGCUUAUGACAAGAAGAAAAGAAAGAAGCCGCAGGCACAGAAAGUGUCAGCAAAUCAAGAACAUGAAAAUGAUCAUUGCUCGAAUAGUGGUAAUAACAAUAAUAUGAGUACUCAUGAUUUGUUUGCUCAGGAUCAGAGAUUCAAUGUUCAGGUUUCGGAAGGUAGGUUUGAAGGGCUAGGGAUGGUGGUGGGUCAUUUAUCGGAUCCUCGGAGCUCCAUGAUCCAUCACAUGUCUUUUUUCAACUAGUGUAUGGUAAAUUAGGGUUCAUGUUUAAGCUCAUUUCAUGUUUUAGUAUCCUUGUUUUCUCUAUUAGGGUUCUUUCAAUUAAUGGGCAGUGACAAGUGUUUUGCUUCAAA